GUCAUCUACAUGAAAUCAGAAUGGACAGCCAGGUUUUUCAGGACAUUUCUGAGGUGGACUGUGCUGAUCUGCAGAGGGAUUUCAGCCCCAGCAAGCAUGCUGGGAAUGAGGUCUAUGUGAAGCUGAGGAAGAAGGGCAACAGGGGAGCACACUCUUGGAAAGCGGCUGAGAAAUCAAGCAGCCCAAAUAAGCCUUCUGGCAAGAAGCACAAGCAGACGUCUCGCCUCUCGAAGGAGAAGGAGGGAUUGCUCGCUGAAGUGAAGAUGGCUGUGAAGAAUUUUGAAAAAGAAGCCAACGCUAAAGUCGGCCAGCAAAAGAAGGAGAACUUCCAGAUCAAACUUGCCCUGAAAAGAGUUGAGGAGGACCUGGAGAGGAAGAAACAGCAGUGGGAGGUGGAGAGGUCCAGCCUGCUGGCCUGGCAGCAGGAGGGUCUUGUAGCUGCGGUGGAGCACGCCCAGCAGGUUCUGAUGAACGAGAGACACCACUGGCAGUGCAUGGCCACCCAACUGGCGUGGCAGGAGCGGGAGUCAGCGUGUCUCAGCGCAGCCCUCAACCAGGCUCGCAAGGACCUCUCAAACCAGACGAAGCUGUGGGAGGAGGAGAAGUCCUCCCUGCUGGCCCAGCACCAGGAGGAAGUCUCCGGCCUGGUGGCUGACCUUGAGCAGGCCAAGAAAGACUUGAUGAGUGAGAGAAACAAGUGGAGGGAGGAGAAGGCGUCGCUUGAGAGGAACUCAGAGGAGCAGCGGGGGACGGACCCAGUCGAGGGUCGGACUCCAAAACAGCUUUGAAGAUCUCCUCUCUCUCAUCCCACAGAAAGGAACAAUACUGUUUAGGAUUUUUGAAUACAGUCGGCGAUCGUAACACAGUAGUAUUACCAGUAACCUUCACAGGGGAACAUGAACAUGAAGUAGAAAACCUCAAUGAGAAACUACCAAUGUCAUGUAGGAACAAAAACCAAGUCAAUAAAGACACAAAACAAGGUCCUUUCACUCAUCAACCAGCGCCAUCGGGUUGCCGAGUUGCAACGCUUUUAUCUUCCAGAUAUCUUGCAGCACAGCCGUGUAGGUGACAUGGAUCAGAGGUCACCGACGCGUGCAGCGGUUCUACAGGAUUAAAGGACGACAGGUGCCAAAGUACCUCCACUGUUCCGUCUUCCUGCCCGAGGACCACAGCGAAGGGCUCCAGAGACAGACUGGUGCACCGAAUCCUGGACGCCUUUUCCUCAGACUGGUGCAGGAUGGACCCUGAGAUGCUCUCACGCACCUGGGAAACAGGAAACUGCUGGGACCACCGUGACCCUGAUGUCAGGAAGGUGAAACUGACCUGGAGUCUGUUGCAGUUGUCAGCAGCAGACACAAUGAUCUGCUCGCCGGUGAAAAGACAGUCGGAGUCUCGUUUCAGACUGACGGCGGAGGUCGUGUGCACCUUCUCUGUCUUCCACAGCUGCACACAACACAAGAGUGACCCCCACUUUCAGAUUUCAUGAUCACAAAGAUUCUACUUUGAUUGAGGACAAUGUGUUUGUACGAGACAUUGUAGUUGAAUACUGAAUAAUAUGGAAAUUGAAGAGGAAGCAGAUGAACCUGGUUGUUAAGCCUCACUUGUCCACGACACAGAACCUGUUUCACAAAAUAGCUGACGUGGAAAAAUGUAAGAAAUCUAUGGCUUUAUUUAUCACAUAUUUUCAUUGCAAAUUAUUUGGAUGUCCUGUCGAAUUCUGGAGGGAGACAGACAAAACAAUAUUUAUACGACACAGUGUCUGUGUCGAACUGCUAUGUGAGUGCUGGGUGUCGCACCCGCAGCUCUGUGUGUGUGUGUGUCGCUCACGUUUGUGAGUGCGUGAGCAGCAAUGUCAUACCUCCGAACAUACGACCAUAUCUUCCUUA